AUGACUGAAAUAGAUGAUGAAACUUUAUUUGGAAUGAUACAAAAAUUAUCAAAUGGUGUAACAGAUGUUGAGCCAUUAGUCACAGAACUCAUGGCAGAAUUUGAUGCCCUUUCUUAUUCAAGAAAUCCUCAACAUGCAACUACUUUAAACGCAAACUAUGCUUUUGUUUUACAAAAAAUAGACCAGCUCAUUAAAAGUUCCCAGGAUGUUAUUAAUUUGGCAGAUAAAAAUCUAGAAAACGAACAAAAUAAUAAUGAAACCGAUAUUCCUCAAACAAAUCAGAACAAUGAUCAACCAAAACCAACUCCAUUACAGAAACUCAUGCAAAAAUCGCGUUAUAUGUUUGAAUAUUUCAUUUCAAGAACAAUUCUUGUUUCUCAACUACCUUAUCCUCCACUUUGUGGCUCAAUACCAGCUGAUCCGAAUCAAAAGCUCGAUAUAUGUGAUUUCGUGGCCGCUAAAUUUGAAAAUGAUUAUGUUUUGUCUUAUAUCAUCGGAUACGAAGGUGAUGAUUACAUAAUUUGCGAUGCAGAUAAUGAUGAACCUCAAUGCAAAACAAUUUCGCCGAAACAAGUGAUUCCUUUACCAAAAUCUGUUCCAGACCGUAAUUUCAGUCAUGCAGAGUAUUCAAAUGGUACAAAAGUUCUCGCUCUUUGGCCAAAUGACGAGGAUGACUGGACUUCUCUGUUUUAUCCAGCAGUUGUUUCUGCGACACCAACUUCAAAGGAUCCGAACUAUACAUUGAUGUUUGAUGGGUCAGAAGUUCCGAUGCAAGUUAAGCAGCACUUUGUUGUUCAUGCUCCUUCAAAAUAG